AUGUAUUGGCAAAUCAUCCUGUCUGUGUUUAUGCUCUUGGACUUUCUUCAAAUGGCAGUUGCCCACUGUAUGGUCCAUCAAAUUCCUCCCAGAAACUUUACAUUACCUUGUAUGCUGCUGAAUGAGACAUUUGUGAGUCCUUUCUCCACUGGAGUUGUAGAGAGCUGGUCUGCUUUGAGGAGGGAGCAUGGAGCAUCCGAAACCAAGCCUCCCUCGCUAAUGAAUGAAGAAAGUUUUCUGUGUUGCCUUUGGAGUGAUAACAGCAUUGAUUGUUCUUUGUACAGAGCAAGCAUGCAAGCAAGGAAGUUUAUUCCUUCAGAAAUAAGUAUCUCUGCUUCUCAGGAAAUAGAUUCAAAUUGGAACAUUGAAUGUUGGAUUAAAGGCAAGCUGGACCUGUUAGUUUGUAGCCUGCGGUUUUUGAAGUUGUACUUGAGAGCCAGCUUGAAGGUUAAUCUUUUAUAUGCUGUAUCAGAGCUGUCAGUGGGAGAUGGAUCCACGAGCUCUCUGAGGGGGCCUGUCACGGUUGCCGAGUGCGACUGUAGGGCGUAUGACGGGUGUGAGUGCCUCGUGCCUUCCCUGGGACUCAACUACACCUACAUCCUGUGGCUGAAGGUGAUGGCUGAUGUGACACCUCUGUGGUCACCUUUGAUGUCAGUCAGACCCAUAGACAUAGUAAAGCCUGAACCUCCUGUGAACCUGCAUCUAGAAAUGACAGAGAAAGGUCAAGUGAAGGUCUGCUGGUCUGACCCUGUGCUGAUGCCAUACCCACUUCGGUAUGAAGUGAAGAUCUCUGCAAAUUCAGGUCAAAAUGCUUGGCAGGUGGUUCACGUUGUGCUAGAAACCUCCCUGGCCAUAGACAGCACACUGUUUGAUUCGUCAUACUUAGUUCAAGUGCGGUGCAGGAAUCAUCGUGGUCCAGGGUUCUGGAGUGACUGGAGCACACCGUAUCCUCUCAGCUUGGGAGCUGAAGUCCUGUACUUCCCUCCUAAGAUACUGACCAGUGUUGGUUCUAACGUUUCCUUUCAUUGCAUCUAUAAAAACAAAACCAAGAUUGUAGUGUCCAAGAAGAUUGUUUGGUGGCUGAAUUUAGCAGAAGAAAUCCCAGAAAGUCAGUAUACGCUUGUGAAUGAUCGUGUAAGCAAAGUUACUCUUUUCAACUUGAAAGCAACAAAACCUAGAGGAAGUUUCUUCUAUAACGCAUUAUACUGUUGUCACCAAAAUAGGGAAUGUCAUCAUAGAUACGCUGAAUUAUAUGUAGUAGAUGUGAAUAUCAACAUCACGUGUGAAACGGAUGGAUACUUAACUAAAAUGACUUGCAGAUGGGCUGUGAACCCGAACACUUUGCUCCUGGGGAGUUCCUUGCAGUUAAGAUACCACAGGAGCAGAAUUUAUUGUUCUGACUUUCCAAGUACUUCUCCAAAAUCAGAGGUGAAAGAAUGCCAUUUACAGAAGAAUCAUUCCUACGAAUGCACAUUUCAGCCGAUUUUUCUUUUAUCCGGAUAUACCAUGUGGAUAGAGUUUAAACACUUACUAGGAACUCUGGAGUCUUCACCAACUUGUGUCGUUCCAGCAGAUGUGGUGAAGCCGCUUCCUCCGUCCAACGUUAAAGCAGAAAUCACCAGGAAUGUUGGGCUGCUGAAUGUGAGCUGGACAGACCCACUAUUUACAAACAAUGAUCUUAAAUUCCAGAUUCGGUAUGCUGUGAACAGGAAGGAGAUCGCAUGGGAGCUUUAUGAAGUUUCAAAAGCACCAACAAGAUCAGCUGUGAUAAAAGUUGAGAAACUUUGUGUUGAGUACGUUGUGCAGGUCCGGUGCCGUGAGCUGGAUGGGUGGGGUUACUGGAGCAACUGGAGCAGAUCAGCCUAUACACUGGUGAAAGAUAUCAGAGCUCCCUUACAAGGCCCUGAAUUUUGGAGAAUAAUUGUGGAAGAUCCGGCAAGGAGGCAGAAGAAUGUUACGCUCCUGUGGAAGCCACUGAUGAAGAAUCACUCCUUGUGCAGCGUGAGCCAAUACGUUAUAGAGCACCAGACAUCAGGAAACACCACGUGGUCCGAAUACGUCGCUAAUGGCACUACCUGUUCAUUUCCCUGGACUGAACACACACACACUGUUACAGUUUUAGCCAUGAAUUCAGUUGGAGUUUCUUCAAUUAAUUUUAAUUUAACUCUAUCACAGCAAAUGAGCACAGUGAACGCCGUGCGGUCGCUCAGCGCUUACCCGGUGAACAGCACUUGUGUCAUCUUGAUUUGGACUCUUUCACCUCAAAUCCAUGGGAUAACUUCUUUUGUUAUUGAAUGGAAGAACCUUAACAAGGAAGAGGAGAUGAAAUGGGUGCGAGUUCCUCCAAAUAUUACUAAAUAUUAUAUUUAUGAUCACUUUAUUCUGAUUGAGAAGUACCAGUUCAGCCUGUACCCCGUGUUUGCUGGAGGAGUUGGCAAAUCCAGAGCAACGGAUCAGUUUGCCAAAGUUGGAUACGAAAAUGAGAAUAAUGCCAGCUUCUACAUGGUUCUGCCAAUAGUUAUUUCGACCUCUGGUUUGUUGCUUGGAGCGUUGCUGGUUUUGCACCAAAGGUGAGUUGUUUGUUGCCGUAUGAAAGUCCCAGAUGGGCUUUGGAAGGCGGUGGUGCAGCUUAGGUGAUGCCGGCUGCUGAGCUGGGCAAAGCCAGGAAUUAUUUUUCUUCCUGAAACUUUUGAGCAUCUUUUUAUCAAGCACCCCGAAGCGAUGUCAUUUGAGCCUCUUCUUCUGGAACCAGAAAUAGUGCUGCAAGACAUCAGCGUUACUAAAGCCUCGAAAAAAGAAGACGCACAAGAUUUUUUAGUCCUGGACUCAAUGUUUACAAAACCUGAAGACUCCGAACGUGACUCUGCUUGCUCCAGCAGCCAUUUCAACAGCAGCAGCUUCUCCGAGAGCUCCCGCAGUGACCGAACGGGUGGGGAAACGUCGAGGCAGUCCGAUGUGAAAUACGCUACUGUUGUUGGUGGCUCCAGCUCGAGCGGGCUUUACGAACAGGAGGAAAAGCUCAGAAGUUGUUUUGAGAGAUGCUGCUUAGCCCAAGAGUCCUUAGUCCCGGGAGCCUUCUCCCGUCGCUCCUGGGAGGUGGGGAACGGGGCGUUCCUCAUCCUGCCUGAGCUGCCUGGCAGCCAGCCUGCCAAGACUCUUUCCCUCUCCCUUAUUUCUUCAGAAGGAUUUUCAGAGCCUUCGGAUCAGGACGACGCUUUCCCAGACGGAGACAGUCCUGAACGCAGCCUCUGUUACCUUGGGGUAGCGUCCCUGGAGGAAAGAGACAAUGACAUUUUUUUAACAGCAAGUUCCGGGGUGAUGUGUCAGUUCCAUACAGCCGAUCUACCUCCAGACGGGGGGCUACUUCAGCACACGCCCCCUGAUUUCAGUGCGUUUAUCCGCAGCAGCCUUAGGUACAAAGCCGUUGUGCCCUACGUGCCGCAGUUUCAGCCCGCUGCUGCCAAGGUGCAGGAGACCACGGAGAAAAACUCUUAAGUCAUCACACCAUAAUCCAGUGCUCUUAAGGGGUUUUUAGGUGUUGAUCUGUUCCCCUGUUUUUCCCUCUCCUGAGGGAACGUUUUGAAGGUGGGUGACUGGUUCUAUAUUUGAGCGCCAGGAUUUUAGCAGGAAGAAAUUGCAUUUCUUGACCUAAUUUUCAAGCAUGGGGCCUUUCUUUAGAGGUCCGAGUGUGUUCCAGUUAGCCUCUGGUGCCAGAUUACCCAUCGCUGAUGCUCCUUCGGUGUGUCUGAGCACCCCCAUGAAAAACUGCACUUGAAAUUGGACUCGGUACCAUACAGGUAGCUCUGUGCUGGGCUGUGCUCGUGGCACAGCCCCCAGCAGCUCUACAAGCCCUCAUAGCCACAGCUGGUGGCCACCGCUGUGCUCAUCUGUGCUGACAAGAGACUCUUCCUCCAGCUGGGGUGAGGUAGAGGAGUUCGGGGCUUUUCCCGGCCUUGGUGUGGAGAUUUCCACACACUCCUAGAGGGCUGGGGAGGAUUCAGGCAGCGCACACCCGGCGAGUGCAGCUCCUUUCUCACGCCUGUAGGUUGUAGGGAUCGUGUUUCAGCUGCCUCUUGUCCAACAGGACAGUGUUUCCUGCAGGGGGGAGCGCGGGGUGUUUGCUGGCAGCACAAACCACCCCCCAACAGCUCUUCUCACCCUUACGGAGCAAAACAUCUCUUCAAACAUGUCUUGAAUUCGGUCUUGCUUUAAAAGGGUUUGCCUGGGGACUGCGCAGGCAAGGUAGAAAGGAGUGGCCUAAUACGUAGAUUGCAAUCUGUACGUGUGUGGUGGUUUUGGAGUAAAAAAUGUUUGAAUGUGUCAUUGUGCUGAGGGUGAUUUGGGACUCCCAGUGCUACGGCGUUGACGUGACUCAGGACCGCAGGGUUACAGGCCGUGGGCACCCACAGGAACCGGUGGUCAGGGGACACGCUCUGCUAAUCCCAGAUAUAUCUGAGGCCUUUUUUUCUCCAAAAUCCUGAUGUAUUUCUUGCUUAGCUGACAUCUGUGUUAAACUGAGCCUGUCAACACACAGGUGGUCCAUGUGGAAGAGCCAUCGGAACGCUCUGUUUCAGUGGUUGAAAGGGAGGCCCUGGCCAGCGAUGGCAAGUUUGUGGCUGCUGCUACGGGGUCUCUUUUAAAGUACAUUGAAAAUAUUUAUCAGUGGCAUCAAAGACCUGUAAAGAAACCUGAGAGGCCAGAGACGCGUACUGCAAGAAGAAUCAACGUUAAUUGUGGGUGAAAUGAUGUCUUUGGAAGUAAAAAUGCCACAUUUUUGUUGUUGAAGAUGAGAUUCUAGUACAAACGAUGGGGCCGCGAAGCUGACAGCUCUUCCAGCCCCCUUCCUAAGAAUCCAGAGUGGAAAAGCAGAGAUUUGAUCCGAGGAUGCUCUAGUUUUGCUCCUCGGGCACUGGCCUGUGGGCAUGGGCCUGGAGAAGCCAGUUUGCCCUCACAACCCCAGCUGAAAAGCUUCAGCUGGGGAGGAAAAUUAGAUCUUGCAUCUCAGCUGUGUUUUCUGGGACAAGCAGGUAAAGAAACCCACACUUACUUGCAAGCCAGAUAUAUUUUUUCUACUUCAUAGUAUUUUUGUAUAUGUGCCUUUUCAAAGAGCUAUUUUGAGGAGCUAAGAAAGAUGAAUAUAUUGUGUAUUUCACAGGUAAAUUUAUGUAAAAUUUAUAUAGGCAGUUAAAAGGGCAAAACCCAGCAACAGUAAUAAAUGGUAGGAGAGGUGUGGAAAGACUUCAGUAAUUGGUAAGAAAUCCUAUGGAGCAAAAGGGACCAAAGCAAGUAUAGAUCUGCACUUUGAACUUAAGCCAAGCUUUACAAAAAAACCCCACUGUGUUUUCUCAAACAAGCUGCCAACCUGGCUCUUGCUGGGGGUCUCUGUUUCUGGAUGUUGAAUAUGACACAAAUCUGAUGUUUCAAAA